UUGCAAUUGUUUGCAAUGAUAUUGUUUCACACGGCUUACUCGGCAAAAUCCAUUCUGCAUAAAUUCAAUUUCCUGUUUCCCUGUAACUUCCAACCCCUGAAGAGAGAGACCCAGGAGCAGAAAAACGCAGAUCAUCAAGCAACCAUGUCAGACCUUUCUGAACACUACGGUAAAUUAAUGGAUGUUGAUACAACUGGGGCUUCCAUUGAAACUGGAAAACAAGAAGGUCUAAGCUAUGGAGGAGUGACUGCUUCAGAAAAGAUUGCUGAAAGAGAUUUAAAGAAUCUGCAAAAAUAUGAAACCAAGAUUAAGAAUGUUGGUAAAAAACUGGGUGUAGAUCCAGCUCUGAUUGCUGCUAUCAUCUCCCGAGAGUCUCAUGGUGGAAUAGUCCUGAAGGACGGCUGGGGUGACAGAGGAAACGGAUUUGGUUUAAUGCAGGUUGAUAAACGACACCAUGAAAUUGUUGGUACAUGGGACAGUGAAGAGCAUAUUACGCAAGGUACAGAGAUUUUGUGUGGGAUGAUAAAAGAGAUCCAGAAGAAAUUCCCACAAUGGAAGAGAGAACAACAGCUAAAAGGUGGGAUUUCUGCCUAUAAUGCAGGGCCUAAGAACGUUCAGAGCUAUGAGAGAAUGGACAUUGGCACAACUAAGAAUGAUUAUGCCAAUGACGUUGUUGCAAGAGCCAAAUUUUAUAAGAGAAAUGGAUACUGAGAAUGCUGGUUGUACAGAGAUUGUAUUUUAAAAGCAGACUGAGUCAAAUAGUGACUAGUACUUGGAUUUCCAACAGAAAUACUGAAAAAGGGGGAAAAAUGUUACAAGCUUCAAGGGGCUCUCUUUUAGUUUAGAUUAAACUGAGUUUAAAAAUUUAGUUAUGUAUUAGUGAUAGUACAUUAGGUCAUUUAAUGAUAGGUCAUUAAAACUGGAAGUCUUAUCUCCAA